CGCAACGCGGACGAGGCUGUCUCGCUCGCGUGCCGUGUCGUGUGCGCGCGUGCGCGCGCUCGUCUGCUGCGGAGUUUUCUUUAUUAUUAUUAUUAUAUUAUUAUUUUUUAAUCCGAUGUUGCAGCCCGAAGCGUCUCAGAUAAAGAACAACGAAAACAUAUAACAGCACAGUAAUGGCGUCUUCUUUAUAAACGGAUAAAUAGAUAGAUAAAUAAACAGAUAGAGGGCGGACCCGGGGCUGAUGGGACAUUGACGGGUUUUUCUAUCAGAAAGAGGCCGAGCGCGCGCACGAGAGAGAGAGAGAGAGAGAGAGAGGACGGGAUUCCCGAGACCGCGCAGUAUCGGCUCGGUGUGAAUUAUUAUUAUUAUUAUUAUUACAAUAUAAUCAUUAACAUACACACACACACACACACACACACACAGCCACAGCGAUGCAUCUCCACCAGGUGCUGACCGGAGCGGUGAAUCCGGGGGACUGCUGCUACUCGGUUGGGAGCGUUAACGCCAUCCCGUUCACGGCAUAUGGUUCAGGGUGUGAUAUCGUGAUCUUGGCCAGUGAUUUCGAGUGUGUGCAGAUCAUUCCUGGAGCUCAGAAUGGGAACAUCCAAGUGGGGUGUGUGGAGUGUUCACACCAACUUGGACGGAUCGCUGCCUCGUACGGAAACACAGUGUGCAUUUUUGAACCGAUUUCCUCCAACCUGAAUAAGAGACACCAGCAACUGAAUUAUCAAUGGCAGAAGACUGGACAAUUUCUACUGAAUGCCAUGACCUACAACCUGGCCUGGGACCCACAAGGUAACCGUAUCCUGGCGACAACAGAGUGGCUACAGCUCUGGGCUCCGCCCACCGCAGACACGCUGCAGGAGGAAGACGAAGACGAGAAAUCACACCCCGUCCUCAAUGACUGGAAGUGUGUGUGGCAGUGCAAGACUGCUUCUGCUGUGUGUAUAAUUAAAUGGUCUCCUGAUGGGGAAUACUUCGCCACUGUGGGAAAGGAUGAUUGUUUGUUGAAGGUGUGGUACUCCACGCUGGGAUGGAGGUCUGUAAUGGUGGAUGUGUGUGAGAGGAAAUCCGGCUCGCUCAAUUUCUCCUUCAUCUAUCUCGCUCAUCCCCGAACUGUCACAGGCUUCUCCUGGAGGAAGACCAGCAAAUACAUGGCCAAGGGCUCGGUGUGUAACGUGCUGCUGACGUCGUGUGUGGAUGGAAUCUGUCGCCUGUGGAGCGAGACCCUGCUGCCCGAGGACAGUCUCCUAGGAGGACAAAUCACAGAGAACAGCAGCUCCACAUCAUCACUGCAGCACAGUGGGCAGAAAGACAAAAUACAACACGCCCUGGAGUCCAUUCACCACCUGAAGCAGCUCAGACGAGGUCGGAGAAGAUCCUCAGCUCUGGUCACACACACUGAGCUGCUGCCCAGCCAGCUGAACUCACACGACACACACCGGCACAUCACACACCACGGCAAUGCACUGUGCCACUUCCACAUCUCGGCCAGCAUUAACCCUAAUACAGAUAUCCCGGCGGCUCUGGCAGGGGCAGGUCUCUUCUCUUCAGGAGACAUUAACGGAGGGUUUGUGGUCCACUGGCUGAACAAUAAGGACCUGAGUUUCACCUCGUCCAUGGAUGUGUUCAUGCAGCACCUGAGAAGGUUCUCUGAGCAGAACCUCGAGCACACCUCCGAGGACUUCAAGCAGGACGGAAUUGCCAAGUUUGAUUUUGACCUGGAUGAGAUGUCGGACAAGGCAUCGGAGCAUGAUGAAGGAGAGCAGGAGGGCAGUACGAAGGCGUCUUCGCCCGGCUCCAGCAGCAGUCUCCCUCCUCCCUCCGUCCUCCUGGAACGUAAGAUGGAGUCCCUCACUCUGGAGUGGAACCGAAGCCCUGACAUGAUCUUCACCAUCCAUCCGGUCGAUGGAUCCUUCCUGGUCUGGCACAUCAAGUACCUGGACGAGUAUAUCCCCGGAAUCUUCCGCCAGGUCCAGGUGGCGUUCUCCUCUCAGAUCCCCGUGGCGUUCCCCACCGGCGAUGCCAACUCUCUGAAUAAGAACAUCAUGAUGUACGCCUGCUCCGCCCCAGAGCGAGACGCCGAGGUCACCGUGGAGCAGGACAGGAAGUGCGCUCCUCUGAGCACCGUGAUCGGCCCCGCUGUCAUGAUGGUGUCGAAGCACGUCGACGGCUCCCUCAACCAAUGGGCCGUGAUGUUUGCCGAAAAAUCCGCCUUCUCCAAUGUGCUGACGGUUUCGCACAAGUUCCGUUACUGCGGCCACCGCUUCCAUCUCAACGACCUGGCGUGCCACACUGUCCUGCCCCUCCUGCUGACCUCGUCACACCACAAUGCCGUCCUGACUCCACCCCCCGGACACGACGAGUCUCAUACCGCCCCGUCCCGCCCUCCUCGUCCGUCUCGAGGCCUCGCCCCGAAGGAGAUGAGCAGCAACGUGGCGACUCGGACCUUCCACGACCCCAAUGCCAUCUACAGCGAGCUGAUCCUGUGGCGCGUCGACCACAUCGGGCCGCUGUCCUGCACCGGGGGCGUGUCCGAAAUCGCACGCAUCAACUCCCUGCACACCGCUGCCUUCUCCAACGUCGCCUGGCUGCCCACGCUCAUCCCCAGCUCUGUCCUCGGAACCUACUGUAACUCCGCAAGCGCGUGUUUCGUGGCUUCGGACGGGAAGAACCUGCGUCUCUAUCAAGCUGUGGUGGACGCCAGGAAACUUCUGGACGAGCUGUCGGACCCUGAGACCUCGAAAUUAGUGGGUGAGGUCUUCAACAUUGUGAGUCAGCAGUCCACUGCUCGACCAGGCUGCAUCAUCGAACUGGAUGCAAUCACUAACCAGUGUGGCUCGAACACACAGCUGCUUCACGUCUUUCAAGAGGAUUUCAUCUUAGGAUACAAACCUCGCGACGAUGUCAGCGACGUAAACACCUCCGAAUUCCCUUCAGCUGAUGAGAUCCAUCCGCCUCCGUUCUCUGAGAAGUUCUUUUUGGUCGUGAUUGAGAAAGACGAGAACAGAAACUCUGUGCUGCAGAUGUGGCAUCUUCAUCUGAAGUCUGUGCACGCGUGUGUGGAAGACACGCCACAGGAGCAGCCGUACCAGAACCAGCUGACAGUACCACACAUGCUCCCCAACGCCGACUCGUCUCCUGAGUCGACCCCAAGUCAGAGCCCUCUUCCUCGCUCAUCUUCCUCGGCAAACCUGCAGUCCGCCAGCAAACUGAUCCUCAGCUCCACCCUUGUCUACAGUCACAGACUGGAGCUCCCUCUGGGGGUGGAGGUGAUCCGCGCAACACCAUCUGCAGGUCACUUGAGCUCUUCCUCCAUUUACCCGGUGUGUUUGGCUCCAUAUCUGAUCGUGACCGCAUGCUCAGACGGACGUGUUCGGUUUUGGCGGUGCUCCGUGGAUUCAGAAGGUUCUGCCCCAUACCGCUGGGAGCCGUGGUGCCUCCUGAACGAGGAGGAGGACAACAAUAGCGCCCUGAGUGUUUUGGGACGCCCAGUCGCCGUCAGCUGCUCCUACACAGGCCGUCUCGCUGUGGCCUUCAAACAGAUGAUUUCUACUGAGCUUAGCCCGAGCUCCAAAGACUUCUCCAUGCACGUCUCCAUCUUUGAGUGUGAGUCCACCGGUGGGUCAGAGUGGGUUCUUGAGCAGACUAUCCAUCUAGAUGAUUUUGGGAAAGCUGACAGUACAUUAGACCCCAGAAUCAGCGUGGACAGCAACCUGGUGGUUUACAGCAAGUCUGAUCUGUUUGUUAGGAAACAAAACCCCAAUAUUAAACACUUUGUGCACCUGGACUGGCUCUCCAAAGAAGACGGUUCACACAUCCUCACCGUCGGAGUCGGAUCCAGCAUUCUGAUGUAUGGCCGGAUCUCCGGCAUUGUCGCCGAGCAAACCGGCGGGAAAGAUGGCAUGGCGGUUGUCACUCUGCCUCUUGGUGGGAGCGUUAAACAGGGCGUCCGCUCUCGAUGGGUUCUCCUUCGCUCUGUCGAUCUGGUUUCCUCCGUGGACGGGACGCCGUCUCUUCCCGUCUCUCUUUCCUGGGUUCGAGAUGGAAUCCUGGUCAUCGGGAUGGACUGUGAGAUGCAUGUCUACGCUCAGUGGUACCAGGAUAAGAAGCCCAGCGACUCUGAAGACAACGAUGAUGCUUUCAUGGUGAAGAAGAGCGCGAUCGAAAUGCCAGAGGAUUCGAUUCGAGUUCCUGCCGUAAUCCAAGAUGGAGGUCUUUUUGAAGCAGCGCAUUCGCUGUCCCCAACCUUACCUCAGUACCAUCCCACCCAGCUCUUGGAGCUGAUGGACUUGGGGAAGGUGAGACGUGCAAAGGCCAUCUUGUCCCACCUAGUCAAGUGCAUCGCCGGCGAGGUCGCCGUGGUGAGAGACGCUGUGGCGGGAGAGGGUGGAGCCAGACGACAUCUGUCUCGCACCAUCAGCGUGACGGGAAGCACUGCCAAGGAUACGAUUGUUGCUGGAAGAGAUGGUGGGCGAGAUUACACGGAAAUCAACUCCAUCCCUCCUCUCCCACUGUACGCCUUGCUCUCGGCUGACCUCGACACGUCUUACAGAAACAAGUUAGCCGAUGACGUCAAAUGUCCCGAGCGGGAGACACAGACAUCCUCCGAGAAUCAGUAUGCCGAGCUCUUUCAGGAACCCACAGUGAAUACUGACGACUUUGCCAGCUUUGCUUGGGCAGACAAGGUGGAGAAGAAGGAGAAGAAGACUCGUGUGAUCGAUUUGUCGCAGUAUGGUCCUACCUGUUUCGGACCUGAACAUGCUCAGGUGCUCUCUUCUCACCUAAUGCACUCCAGCCUGCCUGGACUCACCCGCCUCGAGCAGAUGUUCCUGGUUGCACUUGCUGAUACUGUGGCAACCACCAGCGCAGAGGUGGGCGGAGCCACAAAUAAACAGUACAGAGGUGGGGAGGCGCUGGAUGAGUGCGGUCUCAGGUAUCUGCUGGCGAUGCGUUUACACACCUGUCUGCUUACAUCACUUCCUCUUCUGUACCGCAUGCAGCUGCUGCACCAAGGCGUCUCCACGUGCCACUUUGCCUGGGCUUUUCACUCCGAGGCUGAGGAGGAGAUGUUGAACAUGAUCCCCGCCAUGCAAAGAGGAGACCUGCAGUGGUCAGAGCUCCGGGCUGUCGGUGUCGGCUGGUGGAUCCGAAACAUCAACACUCUGAGACGCAUGGUGGAGAAGGUGGCCAAAGCGGCGUUUCAGAGAAAUAACGAUCCCCUCGAUGCUGCACUCUUCUACUUGGCCAUGAAGAAGAAAGCUGUGCUCUGGGGUCUGUUCAGGUCUCAGCAUGAUGAGAAGAUGACUCAGUUCUUCAGCCAUAACUUCAUUGAGGAUCGGUGGAGGAAGGCGGCGCUGAAGAACGCGUUCUCUCUGCUGGGGAAGCAGCGCUUCGAACAAGCUGCUGCCUUCUUCCUGCUCGCCGGGUCACUGAAAGAUGCCAUCGAGGUUUGUUUGGAAAAGAUGGAGGACAUUCAGCUGGCGAUGAUCGUCGCUCGCCUGUACGAAGCCGACUUCGAGAGCUCGUCCACCUGUCAGGGAAUCCUGUACGAGAAGGUCCUUGGCUGCAGACGGGACGGCUCCGAGUUCUCGUGCAGUAAGAUGCACCCGGACCCGUUCCUCAGGAGCAUCGCUUUCUGGAUCAUGAAGGAUUACACGCGUGCGCUGGAUACGCUGCUGGAGCAGACGCCAAAGGAGGACGACGAGAAUCCGGAUGUGAUGGUGAAGUCCUGCAACCCGGUGGUGUUCAGUUUCUACAACUACUUACGCACUCACCCUCUGAUCGUACGCCGGCACUUCGCGUCUCCAGACGGCUCGGACCGCGGCAGCAGCCCGGAUCAGAUCAACCUGAUCGAGCGCAAACUCUUCUUCACCACCGCCAAUGCUCACUUCAAAGUGGGCUGCCCCGUCCUAGCCCUGGAGGUCCUGUCCAAAAUCCCCAAAGUCACCAAGAACACCUCCUCGAUCAGCAUAGGAGCCUCCACGCCCAACACCAGCGACACCCAGAGCGGCACCCGGACCUCCGACCUCGACUGGAGUCAGACGGUGAUCAGGGGAGACGAGGAGGAGCUGAAGCUGGACUGGGGAGAUGACGAGGACGAGGAUGAAGACGAGGAGGAUAAGAAGGGCCUGGUGAUGAAGGAGGACAAAAAAGAGAAACCCGAGGAGCCUGAGGAGGAGAAGCAGGCCGGAGAGUGGAAGGUGGACGUGAUCGCCGAGCAGCUGAAGUUCCGAGCGUGUCUGAAGAUCCUGAUGACGGAGCUGCGCACACUCGCAACCGGCUACGAGGUGGACGGAGGGAAACUGCGCUUCCAGCUCUACAACUGGCUGGAGAAGGAGAUCGAGGCCAUGCAUCGCAUCUGUAACUACAAGGUGGAAGAUCAGAGGUCAGUGGGAGAGCUGGAGAAGUGGAACGGCAGUGUGACUGUGGACGGGGACGGGGACGAGCAUGAGAGGACGGGUGAGACUGACGUGUAUGAGCGCCACCUGCAGGACCGGCGCAGACUGCAGGCCAAACAGCUGCAUGCAGAGAGACGCAAAGCCUGGCUGAGGAAGAAUGAGGCGCUGCUCAGGGUCUUCCUCACCUACUGCAGCCUGCACGGGGCCAAAGGGGGUGGAGUCACCUCGGUCCGCAUGGAGCUGCUCUUCCUUCUGCAAGAGUCACAGCAGGAGACAACAGUGAAGCAGCUACAGUCGCCGUUGCCGUUGGCAACCACGCUGCCACUUCUCUCGGCUAGCAUCGCUCCGACUAAAACGGUCAUCGCUAAUCCUGUCAUGCACCUAAACAACCACAUCCACGACAUCCUGUACACUGUAGUACAGACUGAAGCUCCGCCCCAUCCGGAUACACCUGAUAACCGAGUAAAUGCACUACACACUUUGGCAGCUUCUCUGUCUGCCUGCAUCUACCAAGCACUGUGUGACAGCCACAGCUACAGCAGUCAGUCUGAGGCGAACCAGUUCACAGGGAUGGUGUACCAAGGCCUGCUGCUCAGCGAGAGGCGGAGACUCCGCACAGAGAGCAUCGAGGAACAAGCCACGCCCACCUCCACUCCUGCACACUGGCCAGGUGUGUCGUCUCUGAUCAGUUUGUUGACGUGCUCUCGGGGUGAGGAGCAGCCGAGGUUGAAUGUGAUGUUGUGUGAGGGUGUGGUGGCCGUGUAUCUCAGCCUGCUCCUACACGGCCUCGGCACACACUCCACCAACGAGCUGUUCCGCCUCGCCGCCCACCCCCUCAACUCCCGCAUGUGGGCCGCCGUCUUCGGGGGCGGAGCCAAGAUCAUCGUCAAGCCCAAGCGCCCGGCCGAGGUCACGCCAGCUGCAUUCGAAGCAGAAAGCUCUGAGGAAUCACCUGACACCCCGUCCCUCCCAGUCACACCCACAUCCCAUAAUAACCAGCCUGGUAACCACGGUGAUGGCACCGUGCAGCCAGAGAGCUCUGAUAACAGUUGGGACUCAGAGCAGCAGGUGGAGAAUAAACCCCUCACAGCCCUUCCUGAUCAACUGAACCCGGACAGCGGUGAAGUAGCCCCGCCCCCAACCCCUCCCGCCGAGGAAGUGGAUCGCCAGCGGCGUCGGUUUAACAUGCGCAUGCUGGUUCCUGGUCGCCCUGUUAAAGAAAUACAGGCCACGCCCCCUCCGAUUCCCACCGAACGUCCCGCCUACAAGGAGAAGUUCAUCCCCCCAGAGCUCAGCAUGUGGGAUUACUUCGUGGCAAAACCCUUCCUGCCUCUGUCAGACAGUGGAGCUCUGUAUGACUCGGAUGAGAGCGGUGAUGAAGAUGAGGAUGAUGAUGAGGAUGCUUUCCUGUCUGACACUCAGAUGACAGAGCACAGUGACCCCAACUCAUACAGUUGGUGUCUGAUUCGCUUGGUGAUGGUUAAACUCGCUCUACACAACAUAAAGAACUUCCUCCCCAUUGCAGGACUCGACUUUACAGAGCUGCCCGUGUCGUCUCCGCUCUGUAACUCAGUACUGAAGUGUAUGGAGAAAUGGGAGCAGCAGCUGCAGGACAGGAUGGACAGAUUCGAUGGUCCUCCACCAAACUACAUCAACACCUUCCCUGCAGAUGCCAGUGUGGGUGGAGGCCCUGCUGCACUGCGCCACAAAGCCAUGCUGGAGCCUGACAACACACCCUUCAAAGCAAAACACCGCCUUUCCUUCCCUGCCCGCCGUCUUUGGCACUUCCUGGUGAAACAGGAAGUUCUCCAGGAGACUCUGAUUCGCUACAUCUUUACCAAGAAGAGAAAGCAGAGUGAGUGUUUAGAGAACCACCUGGACCGUCACACACACAACUGUGUAGCAGGAGCACACAAACUCAACAAGGUGGAAGCAGAUCUUGGAUAUCCAGGAGGCAAAGCUAAAAUCAUCCACAAGGAAUCUGACAUCAUCAUGGCUUUCGCUAUCAAUAAGGCUAAACCCAGUGAGAUCGUCCUGGCCUCGACCCAUGACGUACAGGAAGUGGACGUGUCCACGCUGCUGGCUGCUCAGCCGUACACCUGGAUUGGAGAGGAUUUCGACAAGGAGUCACGCAGCUCGGACGAUGAUCACCGCUCCUCCCACACCAAUAUUGCACAGGCAAGCUCCGCCCCCUUUGCUCCUCCCCCGAUGCCCGUCUCCGCCUCUAUGCCCUGGCUUGGGAGUGGGCAAACUAGCAUGGGUGCUAGCGUGAUUGUGAAGAGGAACUUGAACAAUGUGAAGAGAAUGACCUCACAUCCCAUCUACCAGUAUUAUAUGACGGGAGCUCAGGAUGGCAGUGUGAGGAUGUUUGAGUGGAAUCGCCCACAGCAGCUCAUUUGCUUCCGACAGGCAGGAAACGCCCGAGUCACACGCCUUUACUUCAACUCCCAGGGCAAUAAGUGUGGAGUGGCGGAUGGUGAGGGUUUAAGUCUAUGGCAAGUGAACCAAACUUCAUCAAACCCCAAACCAUAUUUGAGUUGGCAGUGUCACAGUAAGGUGUGUGGUGAUUUCUCUUUCAUCACAUCCUCCAGCCUCAUCGCUACAGCAGGACACUCUACUGACAGCAGGAAUGUGUGUCUGUGGGACACUCUGAUCUCUCCCAGCAACAGCAUGGUGCAUGCGUUCCCCUGUCAUGAGAAUGGAGCUACGGUUCUGCAGUACGCCCCCAAGCAUCAGCUGAUCAUCUCUGGGGGCAGGAAGGGCUUCGUGUGCAUCUUUGACCUCCGUCAGCGGCAGCUGUUACACACGUUCCAGGCUCACGAUUCGGCCAUCAAAGCUCUGGCCCUGGACUCCAGCGAGGACUUCUUCAUCACCGGCUCGGCCGAGGGAAACAUGAAGGUUUGGAAGUUAGCAAGUCACGGGCUCAUGCACUCGUUCAGCACCGAGCACGCCAAGCAGUCCAUCUUCCGGAACAUCGGCGCCGGCGUGAUGCAGAUCGAGACGUGUUCCGGGAACCGUAUCUUCACCUGCGGCGCAGACGGAACGCUGAAGAUGAGGGUUCUGCCUGAUCGCUACAACACCCCGAGCAGCAUCUUCCACAUCCUGUAGACCUCCACAGCUCCAGUGUCUCGCUCCAACCUGCCUGCGCUGACCCUCUGCUGUGUGUUCGGUUACACGCCCCGCCCUCUCGAUAAACCCCACCCUCCGUAGAGUGUUCCCAUAGGAAAGCUAUGCAUGUGCUGAACUCGUCACUGCGGUGCAUUCGCCAGAGUCUUGAUUGUGCUUCGUAUUCUUCACUUGCGUGUGUGUGUGUGUGUGUGUGUGUGUGUGUGUGUGUGUGUGUGUGUGUGUGUGUGUGGUUAUUCUAAUUUCCCACAGCUGAGCAGACUGAGCCUCUUAAGUCCAACACUGUGCUUCAGUAAAUCCCCGUCUGUGACCCGCUUAUCCUUAUUACUGUCACUCACACACCUGUCUCACUCUCACCCCACACCUGUCUCACUCUCUUCCCCACACCUGUCUCACUGUCUCCCCCCCCACACCUCUCUCUCUCUUUCUCCCCCCACACCUGUCUCACUGUCUCUCCCCCACACCUGUCUCACUGUCUCCCCCCCACACGUCUCACUCUUAUCCCCACCUGCAGAUAGACCCGUCUCACUCUUGAUGUGUUUUAGAACAUGUUUAUUUAUUUACUUGUUUGUUUGUUUAUUUAUUUAUUUAUAUUUAUGUAGUAGAGAUUUUCUACACUGAAAAUGGUUCGAGGAGAGAAACGUGUCGCACUGAAAACCAUAAUCAUGUCUCACUCUUCUCUCACACGUGCAAUGGAAUAUGUCCUAAUACAUUCCACAAUUCUAUAUUAACCUGUCUCACUCUCAUUCCAUAACUCAGACUAAACCUGUCUCACUCUCAUUCCAUAACUCAGACUAAACCUGUCUCACUCUCAUGUUUUUUUUUGUCAGAAUCUGUCUUACAACCUCUUUUUACACCUGUAGAGUUAAACCUGUCUUACUCUCUUCAUAUUGAUACUGUAUUUAUAUUGGCAGUUUACUGCAACUGUCUCACCCUCACACCUGUCUCACUUUCACACCUGUCUCACUCACACCUGUCUCACUCUCCCUCAUCUGCAGCAUUGAUCGUUUACUUUGAGCAGAAACUGUUACAUUUUUGCACAGCGUUUUUUUUCUUUAUUCAUGUAUUUAUGAAUGUGUGUGUGUGUGUGUGUGUGUGUGUGCAUGCGUGUGUGUGCGUGUUCAUACGUACUCCUGUCCACUGUACUCCUCAUUUGCGGUGCGAUGUGAUGCGACUGUAGCGUGUGGCGUUUUCGGACUCGUCCUCGGCGCUGUGGCGUCUCACUGAACGCCUGAAGGACGCUGAAGGGGAAUAAAAUCUAUAUCCAGAUGAAUGUUUAGUUUUAAAUGAAUAUAAAUCUAUAAAUAUAAAUGGGAAUCCGGCUUGUGCUCACUUGUACAAAGCGUCUGAACCGAAGCGUCUGGGUUUUUAUCACACUGGCUGCAAUAGAUGUAGAUUUGUUUCAGAUGUCUGUGAUCUAUUUAUUAAACUCUGUGUUUGUGUACAGUC